UUGACCAAUCGCAGUCCGCCCAGUGUUGUGGUGACGUGUACUAGUCGACUCGAUCGCGGUCCGGGAGGUGGUCGACUUCACCAUCGUCUAGAGGGCCACAGCCCCACGGCUACCUUAUCUACCGUAUCGUACCGUAAUCAAGUUAUGACUGCUCGUACCUUCUACCUGGUUCCGGCCGAUGUGGUUGCUCAACCAACCAUCGCCAUUCCUCGUCCAUUGGCGCCAUCGCCAAGAAUUAUCACGAAUGUUCCAGUAAUGCAGCAAAAGUCUCCAAGCAGUACGAAACGACCAGCUAGUGUCGAUCGGAAAAGACCACUCAGUGCUGAUCCGAUUGAAGUUUUACUGGGAGAGAAUACGCAACCACAUCAACGUAAACGUGAAUGUCUGGAUCAUCUAACACAUGAACAGAAGAUGAACAGGCGAAAAAUGAAGAACAGGAUUGCAGCUCAAACAGCAAGAGACAGGAAAAAGUACCGCAGCCAGCGCUUGGAGGACGUUAUUCGUGAACUGCUGGAGCAGAAUGAGAUCCUGAGACAAGAAAAUGAGCUACUUAACGCAGAGAAUCGUGAACUGACUGAACAAAAUCGUAGCCUGAUUGCACGACUGGAAGGCACUUCUGAGGAUGUCACUUGUCAAAUCGAAGAAGUGGAUCCAGUUGCGUUCGAAGAGGUGGUAACAGAGAAGAGUGGGACGGCCGUUGAAUCUGCCGCAUUCAUUAGUGGACUCCUGCCGAGAGUACAGCCUUCUGUGGGUGGUGGCUUGCUCCAGUCAGACGAAAUCGAGAAAAUCCUCAACGACUUCGCAGAUGAGAACCUCGACUUCGAUCUCGACCAACUUGUCCAGCAACUCCCAGAAGAAGAGCAGCUCAGCGUGCAGUCAACAACUUGCACUGAGCUGUGCCAGCCAUGUAGCUCGUCUUCCGGGGCUGCAUCACCAGUGGAUGAGAGUGUCUUGAAUGUACCACAAUGCAGCCCACCUUCUGCCUGCUAUCCUAGCCCUACGAACUACUCAGGCCAAUUGGACGAGCUAUCAUUGCUUGAAGAUCAAAAGUUGCUGGACGACCCGAUGCUGUCAUCGCCAUCCAAUUGGCCAUAUGACAAUCCUCAUGCUUUGAGCCCUUUCUCGGAUUCAUUUCAACGUGAAUUCUUCCAAAUGUUGGAGUAG